GGACUGACUUCUAAACACUCUUGGUCCAUGAGGAAGAAACCCGGAAGAGGAAGAGGAAAGCAAAGGAGUCAGGGAUGGCUCCUCCUCAGGGUCUAUUGACAUUCAGGGACGUGGCCAUAGAAUUCUCUCAGGAGGAGUGGAAAUGCCUGGACCCUGCUCAGAGGACUCUAUACAGAGACGUGAUGCUGGAGAAUUAUAGGAACCUGGUCUCCCUGGAUAUCUCUUCCAAAUGCAUGUUGAAGACAUUGUCAUCAACAGGGAAAGGCAAUACAGAAGUGAUCCUCACCGGGACAUUGCAAAGACAAGCAAGUCAUCACACUGGAGAAUUUUGCCUCCAUGAAAUUGGGAAAGACAUUCAUGACUUCGACUUUCAGUGGAAAGAAGAUGAAACAAAUGGCCAUGCAGCACCCAUGAUGGAAAUCAAAGAGUUGACAGGUAGUACAGACCGACAUGAUCAAAGGCAUUCUGGAAACAAGCCUAUUAAAGAUCAGCUGGGAUCAAGCUUUCAUUCGCAUCUACCUGAACUGCACAUAUUUCAGCCUGAAGGGAAAAUUCGUAAUCAAGUUGAGAAAUCUGUCAACAAUGCUUCCUCGGUUUCAACAGCCCAAAGAAUUUCUGAUAGGCCCAAAACCCUUAUUUCUAGUAAGUAUGGAAAUAAUUCCCUCCAUUCUUCAUUACUCACACAAAAAUGGGAAGGACACAUGAGAGAAAAAUCUUUCGAAUGUAUCGAGAGUUUCAAAUCCUUUAAUUGUAGCUCACUCUUAAAAAAACACCAGAUAAUUCACUUAGAAGAGAAACAAUGUAAAUGUGAUGUAUGUGGGAAGGUCUUUAAUCAGAAGCGAUACCUUGCAUGCCAUCGUAGAUGUCACACUGGUGAGAAACCUUACAAGUGUAAUGAGUGUGGUAAGACCUUUGGUCACAAUUCAUCCCUCUUCAUCCACAAAGCACUUCAUACCGGAGAGAAACCUUAUGAAUGUGAAGAAUGUGACAAAGUUUUCAGUCGCAAAUCACACCUUGAAAGACACAAGAGGAUUCACACUGGAGAGAAACCAUACAAAUGUAAGGUUUGUGAUGAGGCUUUCGUGUAUAAUUCAUAUCUGGCAAAGCAUACUAUACUUCACACUGGAGAGAAACCUUACACAUGUAAUGAAUGUGGCAAGGUUUUUAAUCGACUAUCAACCCUUGCACGCCAUCGUAGACUUCAUACUGGAGAGAAACCUUACAAAUGUGAAGAGUGUGACAAAGUUUUCAGUCGCAGAUCACACCUUGAAAGACAUAGGAGGAUUCAUAGUGGAGAGAAACCAUACAAAUGUGAAGAAUGUGACAAACUUUUCAGUCGCAAAUCAAACCUGGAAAGACAUAGGAGGAUUCAUACUGGAGAGAAACCAUACAAAUGUAAGGUUUGUGGCAAGGCUUUCCAGAGGGAUUCACACCUGGCACAACAUCAGAGAGUUCACACUGGAGAGAAACCUUACAAAUGUAAUGAGUGUGGCAAGACCUUCCGUCAGACAUCAUCCCUUAUAAUCCAUCGUAGGCUUCAUACUGGAGAGAAACCUUACAAGUGUAAUGAGUGUGGCAAGACCUUCAGUCAGAUGUCAUCCCUUAUAUACCAUCAUAGACUUCAUAGUGCAGAGAAAUCUGAAUAGUGUAAUGAAUGUGGCAACACCUUCCAUCACUAUUCAACCCUUGUAUAUCACAGGGCCAUUCAUACUGGAGAGAAACCUUACAAGCGUAAUGAAUGUUUCAAGAUUUUUAAUCAAAAAGCAACCCUUGCACAUCAUCAUAGACAUCAUACUGCAGAGAAACCUUACAAAUGGGAGGAAUGUGACAACGUGUUCAGUCAUGAGUCAAACCUUGAAAAACAUAAGAAGAUUCACACUGAAGAGAAACCAUACAGAUAUAAAAUUUGUGACAAGGUUUUUGCAUAUAAUUCAUACCUGGCAAAACAUACUAGAAUUCACACUGGAGAGAAACCUUAGAAGUGUAAUGAGAAAAUGUGGGACAUAUACACCAUGGA